AUGCAUUUUCAAUUCAAAUUUCUAGGAAUGUUUUCCAUGCUUCCUAUUGAAAUCCGCUUGAUCAUAUGGGAGUAUCUCAUCUCAUCCAUCCACACACAAUCAUCACCACUCAAGGACAGCUCGCAGAAAGACAACCCUCUGUCCAUCCUUUCCACCAGUCGAUACCUCUACAAUGAGAUUUCGUCUCAUCUUUUCAACAAAUCCGCCCAGAUUAUCUCACUAGACGCAGAAUAUCAUCCAAAAGAGUGGAUGAUCAUACAAUUGAAAUCAAGAACCGUGGAUGUCCAGUGGACUCUCAAAAACAGAGAAGACGCCGAAAUGCAUUUCCAAAACUUCCCGAAUUCAAAAACGACAUUGAAAGUCCAUAUCUACUCCCCAGAUCCAACAGACCCAGGUCAACUAGUGUUGAUUUGGCAGAAAGUCAACGCGCUAGUCGAUUUUUUAAUUCCUAUGAAACUUCUAAUCCCCAUGACUCAGCCGAAUAUAGAGCUAGUUAUAAAGGGGUCGUGGAAUUCAACAGAACCACCAGCUUAUUGGCGACGAAACAGAGACCUAUUUUAUGAAAUGGGGGGUCUGCAGCAGUCAAUCGAGCCUAUGUUCAAAUACCGUUGCGACUACGAUAUUGCCGUGUUACCAUUCCUUCGUCUUGAACUAUGGAACGAAGAUCCCGCAGCAAAUAUACCCGCGAUGCCAGACGAUGAGUUCGACAUCCUACACUGGCGUCUCAUGUCUUUAUUCGAACAAACCGGCAUCGAGCGCAGAUUAGGGAGACUAUUCUCCAUGACGCAAGACACAGCUGUCAUCGAAAUUAAAAGCGCGCUCGCCGAAGCCAACAUGUUCCUAGAAACCAGUCUUGACGAGUUACCAGGCAGAACAGCUUGCUUGCUUCGUCUUGAACGAUUCCAAAACUGGUUUGAGGACGGCACAAGCUGGAAAUCGCUAUAUGAGACAGAACUCCGAGACCAGUUGUGUGCUUGCCCUUGGGUUACCAUGGAUACGGAUCCCUGGCUCUAUCGAUCGAAUGAGAGAUACAUCAAUCUUAUUCUGCUACACCAUGCCAUGCAUGCGCGCAGAUCAAAGUUGCCCGAUGCAUAUGGGGUGUAUCAUCAAACUAUAUAUGAGAAAUGGGAUUCAGCAAUGUGGUCUGAGGAAUUUCCAGAUGGGAUUCCGCGGCUCGGUGAUGUUCAAAGAUCGCUUCGCAGGAAGAACUGGUCCGAAGCGUUCCAAUAUAAGAUAACUCAUGCCUAUGUCGAUUGGCUGGCUCAAAGACGGGCAAAACAAAUUGAAUCUGAGGAAUCCAAGGAAUCCAAAUGUCCGUUUAUACACCGUUCGACCUUGUGGGGCCAUUGA